AUGGACACCUCUCGGUAUAUUCAGUCUUGCAAUCCAUCUCGCUUUGUUAUAACAUUUUCUCUAUUGAUCUUCUCAAUUCUAUUUGCAUUACGAAUUGAUGAGCAUAUUAAAAUUAGUUAUUGGCUUGUUUUCUUGCCAUUAUUCAUAUGGAAACUUUUUGUAAUUCUUGGUGCAUGCACAGGAAUUUUUGUCUGGUGUAGAAAUGGUGAACAAAAUAGGAUUAUUCGAACACCAGAUAAUGAUUGUCAAGCAUUGAUUAUUUAUUUUCUUAUGCAUAUCCUUAUAUUUACAUUUGAAUUACUUACAUGUGACAAAUUAGAAAAUCAUCUUGAUACUCGUUGGAUUAUAUGUUUUAUUCCAUUACUUAUAUGUACAUUACUUUCUUUUAUAUCAUGCUUAUGGUCAUUAAAAGUACAAAGAAAUUUUCUUAUUCAAGGCUUUAUUGCAGCUAAUGGACUUUUCUUUUUAUUUUUUCCAUUUCGAUUAGAUUAUUUUAUUACAUGGCGAUAUGUUAUUGUCUUUAUUCCAGUAUGGAUUUCUUUAUGUAUUGCAUUAUUAUUUAUAAUUGCAAAAUUUAUUCUUGCUAUUAUUUAUCGAUGUUCUCAUCAUUUACUAUCAAAUUAUCGUGAAUUAAGUACUAUUACAGAAGUAAUUACUUAUACGAUUUUGUUUAUUCCAUUUAGUAUUUUUUCGAUUUUACUGGUUGAUCGACUUGAUCAUGAAGAUAAUGAUCAAAUUCAAAAACUCUCAUUUACUGUGAUAGCUAUACCAUUAUGGAUUGCAUUAAUUGCUUGGCUUAGUUUUUCAUUUGGUGCUACUGAUACGAAUCCAUGGUGGUUUGGUCUUCGACGUAAUUUAUGUGAAAUUAUUCUUGAUCAAUGUCCAUUUAUAUCACUUUAUUUCAAUAAUCAAUUUAAAUUUAGAUCUCAUUCAUCAAGAAAUGAUUUAAUUUCUGAUAUGACAAUCUUAACAACAGUCAAAAAUCUCGAAUCAAUAAAUAUUAACAAAUUAACAAUACCAGACACAGAUAAUCAAACGAAUCUCACUACACAAUAUCAUUUCAUAUCACUUUUAGAACCUGAUUAA